AUGAAUACAGCCCCACUCGAUGCCGCUGGGAGUGAUCCUGAGCUGGCGCGGAAGGAAGGAGUCCUUAAUGAGAAAGACCUUCACGUCGUCGACCCUCACGCUGUUGACUGGGACGGUCCCGAUGGCCCACAAAACCCUCGAAACUGGCCAUCGGGCAAAAAACUCAUCCAUGUCCUGCUAGUUAGUGGAUUCACUCUCUACUCAAAUCUUGCCGCCGUCAUGUUUGCUCCAGGAGCUCAGGAUCUAGUGAAAGAGUUCGGCAUCACAAACACGAUCGUGGCGUCCCUGACCGUCACGAUAUACCUCCUGGGAUUUUGUCUGGGCCCCCUUAUCCUCUCCUCGUUGUCAGAGACAUAUGGCCGGUUGAUUGUCUACCAUAUAUGCAAUGUGGUCUAUAUCGGAUUCACUGUGGGUUGUGCUCUAAGUACUGACACGGGCAUGUUCUUGGCAUUCCGCAUGCUUUGCGGCAUUGCUGCAUCUUCACCAAUGGCCAUUGGAGGUGGCACGAUUGCUGAUCUCCACGUGGAGGCCGAGAGGGGAAAGGCAAUGGCAAUCUUUGGCAUGGGUCCUCUUCUUGGUCCGGUCAUUGGGCCCGUUAUUGGUGGAUUUGUUUCGCAGGAUAUUGGUUGGCGUUGGACAUUCUGGUUGAUCCUGAUUCUAUCAACCGUGAUCUCUCUCCUUGCCUUGGCCUUUUUGCGGGAGACCUAUGAGCCAACUCUUCUCGAUCGCAAAGCGGCCCGACUGCGCAAACAGACAGGGAACACUGAACUCUAUGCUCGAACCUUCAAUAAAGACUUAACACCUUCGCAGAUUCUCAUGCGCUCUAUUAUGCGACCUACUAAGAUGAUUUUUCUAUCGCCUAUUGUCUUUUUACUCUCGAUCUACUGUGCGUUUAUGUUUGGUCUGCUUUAUCUUCUCUUCACGACAUUUCCAGGUGUUUUCGGAGAGACGUACGGCUGGGGCCCUGGAAUCUCUGGGCUUGCAUACCUCGGACUCGGCAUAGGCAUGAUCUUCAGCAUUGCACUGUUCGGUCUGCUUAGUGAUAAGCUUUUGAAGCAGCCGCGCGGUGGUACUGUUUCCCGACCUGAGCUUCGCCUGAUUUUGAUGAUUUGGUGCUCGCCAUUGGUCCCUGUCGGUUUUAUUUGGUAUGGCUGGAGUGCCAAGUUUCACACGCACUGGAUCGUUCCAAUUCUUGGCACCGGGUUCAUUGGAAUCAGUGCAUUUUUGAUUAUGAUGCCGGCACAGCUGUAUCUUAUGGAUGCCUUUGGGACUGAAGGGAGCGCUUCUGCUCUGGCUGGUAAUACUGUCUUGCGAAGUCUGUUUGCCGCAUUUCUACCCCUUGCAGGACCUUCUAUGUACUCUCGGCUGGGGCUUGGUUGGGGUAACACACUGCUUGGACUUAUCGCCCUUGCCUUUGUACCAGUUCCCUGGCUGUUCUUCAAAUAUGGCGAGUAUUUGAGAACUCGCUUUCCAGUGAACUAUUGA